AGAAGAGCAUAGAAGAAGACACGCCCUCCUCUUUGGGGCGUCACGGACAGACGUCACUACAAACUGCUUCCGGGUAACAGCAGGCUGGUGGCUACAGUUAGCUGAAACACAAUCUCCACUCCACAUUCUACUGCAGAGUGGAUUGGCAGAAAUCCCGGGACAGAAUGGACGGCGAAGAAAGAACCUACGGCGGCUGUGAAGGGCCAGAUGCCAUGUACGUGAAGCUGAUCUCUUCAGAUGGGCACGAAUUCAUAGUGAAAAGAGAACACGCCUUGACCUCUGGGACUAUCAAAGCCAUGCUGAGUGGGCCAGGUCAGUUUGCUGAGAAUGAAACCAAUGAGGUGAACUUCAGGGAGAUUCCGUCUCACGUCUUGUCCAAGGUCUGCAUGUAUUUCACCUACAAGGUCCGUUACACCAACAGCUCCACGGAGAUCCCUGAAUUCCCCAUCGCCCCGGAGAUCGCACUGGAACUGCUCAUGGCUGCAAACUUUUUGGAUUGCUAAAGUUACAAAGAUGACGUAGAAGCUUGAAACAUUUUUGGAUAUUUUUUUUGUUUUAAUAUUUAACCUGUUUUGCCAUGUACACCAUAUGAAACAUGAAUGAGUCUAUAACAAUGAGAAGUGUUGGUUCUUUUGCACCUGGCUUUCUGUUCGAAUUUUAUUAGUAAUAAAUAAUGUUUUAAUAAAAUUAAAGAAUAUGAAAGGCUGCAUCCCUUUCCCUAGAAUGUGAUAAAUGUUUCACCAUGCCCCAGAAAACAUUCUCCAUCUCCAUCUUAAUAAAAGACCUGUUUGGUGA